GAGUCGGAGGAACCACAGAUGAUCUUCCCGGAGGAGAUCCCGACCGUCAUGGAAGAGUCUGAGGCGCUCGAGAAGUUCGGGAACUAUUUGGAAGAGGUCUUCUACGAGGCCAACGAGCGCAUCAAAGGCAAAGGCAAGGGCAAGAAAGGCAAAGGCGGCAGGUACGGUUCGAAGAGCUACAAUUUCGAC